ACCGAAGCUAAUUCGCUGAACCUGCACCUCUUCAUAGUUGGCCGUCGAAGAACGAACUCGGGCAAGUCUUCUAAAAAUAUAAUACAACAUUGGAUUCUUCGCCGUACUACUUACUGCCUUAUGUUCCGACUAGAUCCAAUACACACCCACCCACUCUCUGAACCGUUGUGGGUGACGUGAGGAACCUGGCCUUGGAGGGCCAUGGUGAAUCGAGGACGGCUCUCGCCGGCAUGCCUCCCGUGCAGAGCGAGAAAACUCAAGUGUGAUCUCCGGCCGGACGCGUGCGGUCAAUGUCGCAGGGCCGGUUUAUUGUGCCACGGCUACCGAAACCCCGAUGCCCUGCAGUUCCGCAACGAGAACCGUUCCGCGGAACAAAGGGCACUCGCUCGGCGGGGUGACGUUCGGCAUCCUCCGGAGAGCCGUCCGGCUGUCCUCGAGCUGAGCUGGGAUACCAGAGCCCGAUACGCGUUCUUUUCGACAUAUGUCAACACCUUUACCCGGAGCAUGAAUGAGAUAGCUCACCACUACCGCACCGCAAGGGAAAUGGACCAUCUUUCAGCAAGUGUCGAAGCAAUCAGUCAGGCUUUUAUGGCUGUUCAGCUAGGUAACCCGGAACUUCUCCGAUCGGCCAAAUCGAGCUACGUUACGGCGAUUCAGCGACUGGGUCGCAUUCUGAGCUCACUAGAUGCCGAUGAAGCAGAAAGAGCGCUGCAGACCGUUCUCCUCCUUGACAUGUACGAGAAACUGGUCCACCGAGACCCCGGCGCUUCUCAAUCAUGGUUGAGCCAUGCUCAUGGGGGCUUGUCACUACUGGGUGCCCGUGUGACAAGCAUUAUAUCGACCACAACCGGCUGCCAGGUUGCCGCUCGCCUUGUGACGGCGGUGACUGUGAGCAGUGCCACGGUUGGUGACAGGGUACCCCCACAGCUUGCCGCUGUCCGUCACAAUAUCGGUUAUCGCGUCAAGGGCGUGAAGUGGACCUUCCUGGGUGUGCUUGCGCUGGUCGUCAACCUCAAGUCAGACGUCACUCGUGGUGGGGUCUCACCCUUGGAUCUACUACUGAGAGCAAAAGACUUGGAUAAUCAGAUCAAGACUUUGGACAGAGCUCGACCGGCGGAUUGGCUGCCGCGGACCGUGCAAAUUCCUUCGGAUGAACGGGUCCUUGGACAGUCCUAUGACGUCUACCCCGAUCACUACAUCACCCAAGUGUCCAACGCGAUUUGCACAAUCCGCCUCAUUCUUUACGACUUGGUUCAACGGCACAUCCCCAUGGAGACACGCCCGAGGGACGACAUCUUCCAUGGAACCAUUCGCGACUCGGUUAGCCAGAUAUGUGCCUCAGUACCCCAGUUCAUCCUACCAGGUGUACAUGAAACCAACUCGUUACCCUUUUCGCCGGUCCAGCAGCUUCAUUGCAGUACUCUGUUGGCGCCCCUCUACCUGAUUAACCAGGUCUCCGAAGACGUGGCGGUCAAGGCCUGGAUACUGCGGUGUUUGAGAUUCAUGUGGGGAUCCGGCGGCUUCAAAGCCGCCAAAGAAAUAAUGCAUGUCUUGCAAACAACGCCGGACUUGGAUUACUGGACCGUCUUUGCCAUGACAGGAAGCUACGCGAUCCUAGCUUGAGACGAAACUACUCGCCACACUUGGGCAGAAAGCAGCCUCGGCCUACUCCUUCAAGCCUUUCAGAGACAAGACCGAGUCGACGACAGUCUUCUCGUACGGAGUGAAUUCCAGGCCCAGGAUGCUUGUCACCCUAGACGUGUUGUACCCAAAGGACUGCAGCGCCGGGUUGGGCGCUCCUCCAAAGCUACCAGGCUCCGGAAGCUUCUCUCGCAAGUCGGGGAAGUGGUUCCAGAUUGCCCUGGCUAACUCCUCGUUGCUGUAAAAGCCUGCAGUCGUCAGGAAGCGCUUGCCGGCGGCCUCUUGAACCUCCAUGGCCCUCACAUGCGCCAGCGCGACAUCUCGCACGUCGACCCAGAGUGGCAUAGGCGUGGGCGGCAGGCCCGCCUUGUGCUUUCCGAGGAGGACCUCCCCAAGAAACCGGUUCGAGGUGUUGAUUGAGGCGAGUGAUCCCACCGGCAGCCUGACAGGUCCGUAGAUCAUCGGUGGGUUGAUGGUGGAAAGCGUGAAACCGGGCUUCUCAUCUGCCAUGAACUUCCAGGCCGCCCUCUCGGCAAAGAGUUUGGAAACGAUAUAAGCGCUCCCGCCGUUCGCGUAGGCGUCUUCAAGUGUCAAGGGGCUCCAGUCCUCCUCCGAGUACGUCUUCUGUGCCCCGGUGGAGGCCAGCCCCGGGUUGAGGAUCGCGGCAAAGGAAGAAGUCACGACGACGCGCUUGACACCGGGGCACGAGUUCUUGAUUGCUUUGAGAACGCCGGUGGUGCCGAGUACGGCCGGGUCAAUCAGGUCCUUUUUUGGGUCGGUGACAUUGUAGUGA